AUGACCACGAAGCUAGAGCGCCCCCAUCGUGAGCCGAGUCAUAUUCAAGCCUGGCUGAUCGGGAGUGGUAUCGCUACUCUUUCUGCAGCUGUUUAUUUGAUUAAUGAUGCCAAGGUUCCUGGAGCCAACAUCCACAUCUUGGAUCUACAUCUAGGCUCCGGAGGAGGGAUCAACGCCUCUGGCGAUGCAGUGAACGGGUAUUUCCUACCGUUCGAAUGUCAUCCACAUUUUCAUGGCAGCUGCAUGGAAAGACUCUUGUCUCUUGUCCCAAGCCAGACCCAGCCGGACAAAUCUAUGAUGGAUGCGAUUCGGACCUUUGAAAAAUUUGAACGGCCACCCCCUCAGGACUUUGCUCUUACGCGAGCACUUAAGCAGGGUUUAUUAGGGCCAGAAGUGGUUUAUACGACGGGUAUCCAGAUCGGGGUGAAGAAUAGGAUGGGUUUGAUGAAAUUGAUGUUGGAGAAUGAACCAACAAUCGGAUCAAAGACGAUCGAGGAUAUGUUGGAUAAGUCCUUCUUCGAGACAACCUUCUGGAUGUUGUGGGCCACAGCCUUCGCACUGCAGCCUUGGCACAGUGCUGUUGAGUUUCAGAGGCAUCUUCGCAAGUACUUGGAGGACAUUCAAUCUCUCAAUAACCUCAAGACCUCGAACCGAACAGAGUAUAACCUGUACGAGUCUAUCAUCAUCCCGAUCACAACUUACCUGGAACAUGAAGGUGUCAACUUCUGCUUCAAUACCGAGGUGACCAAUCUAGGAGUCUAUCCUGAGAGUGACCCAACCACAGUCACUGGAAUCGAGCUACUUGAGGAUGGAGCAAAGUGCUGGAUCAGAGUGGAUCCAACUGAUAUUGUUAUCGCUACCCUGGGAUCAACUACUGCGGGUGCAGGUUUGGGGACAAAUAGCUCUUCGCCUCCUGACCUGUCCUUGAAUUGGGAAGAUCGGAUGGUUCGUGACUGGCGACUAUGGCAGAAACUCGCUCAGAUGUCUCCGAAAUUUGGGAAUCCCACUAACUUUCUGUCGCAAAACCUACGGUCCACUAUCGAAACUUUCACUACGACAUUUGAAGGACCAGAAUUUAUGCUAUUAUACGAAAAGCUUACCCAUGACCGACCAGGGACAGGUGCCAUGCUCUCUUUAUCGGAGAGCAACUGGUCAAUUACCCUCAGCAUCCCUCAUCAACCCGUCUUCUCUGGUCAGUCACAUAAUACAAAUAUUAUUUGCGGAUAUGCCUUGAGCCCAAUCAACGAGGGCAACCAUGUGAAGAAGCCCAUGUAUGAGUGUUGCGGAGAGGAAAUUCUUAUCGAAGUUCUCUCCUACCUCAAGUUUCCUAUUGAGCCCAUUGUAGCAACUUCAAAAACCAUUCCAUGUGGAAUGCCGUUGGGAACUGCUCCAUUUCUGUCACGUCAUCACUGGAAUCGACCGAGUGUGAUUCCGCAGCACACUAGCAACAUUGCAUGUGUUGGUCAGUUUGUGGAGAUCAUCGAUGACACCACUUUGACUAUGGAGUACAGUGUGCGUGGUGCCCAGAUCGCGGUAACCGAGUUGAUGGGGCUGCCACGGAAGCCUGAGAAGGUCAGGAAAAGCCUACUUCUUGAAAUAUUUGAUUUGAUGAUUUGA